CAGUGACCCCCCGACUUACGAUGGCCCCGACAUAUGAUCAUUUCAACAUAUGAUGGCCUCUCAGAGCCCAUCGUAUGUUGAAGGCAGCAUCGACAUAUGAUGCUGCUGUGUGUCGGGUCCAUCGUACAAACAGCUAUCUGACAGCGCUGACAACUUCAGCAACUGACAGAUAGUUGUAUAAUGUCCCCGUGUGCCCCGUUCUGCCUCCUGUUACUCACAUGCUGUCCUGCUAACAUGCUGUCCAGGCUUCCACUGUGAGCUCCGUGUAAGCCCCACCCCCCAGUGCAGCCAUAGCCAAUAGCCUGCAGCAUCUUGAUGCAGGCAUCCAAUGAGCUGCUGGCUGCCCUCCCCUUCCUUUCCUAUAGAGCUGUAGUCGGCAGGAUGGUAAUGGAGGACAUUCUGUCCCCCCUGAAGAUCAAUAUAUUUUCAAUCCGCUGGUCCGACCACAACGACAUCGUCAUCUACCGGACGUUUGAAGAUUUCAAAAAGAUGCAUAGAGAAUUAAGAAAAAGACUCCCGCUAGAAUCCGGAUUACUACGAAAAUCCGAGACUAUGAUUCCUAAACUAAGAGAUGUGCCAAUCUUCCGAAUAAACCGGAGCAGCAGUCGCUGUAUAGAAAGGUUACGACUACUGCAGAGAUACUCCCAGGACUUGUUGAAAACGGACAACAAGAUCUCGCAAUGCGAAAUAGUGAUGGCGUUUUUCACACCCACCAACAAGGACCUCAAGGCAGACUUCCCCGAAAAUAGCAUGGUGAUCCUGCCGUCCGAAUCAAGAGAGCCGCAGAAAAGAGAGGCGUCAAGACAACUACCGCAACCACCGGCCUCCGAACCCAUCGUAUCCCAAAUGUACGUGUGUAUCGAAGACUACGAGACCAAGGACACCAAGAACCGGGCCUUCAAAGUCAAGCGCAACGAGCAGCUGGGGGUGUUGAUCAAAGAAAGCUCAGGGUGGUGGCUGGUGGAGAACGAGGAGAAACGGGUGGCCUGGUUUCCAGCUCCUUUUCUCAAGACUGUAGAGAAGGAAGAAGACACCGAUUCAAGGACGGAAUCAGAGGAUGAAGGAGUCCGUUACUAUACGACGACAUCUUAUGAUGCCAUGAGCUGCGACGAAUUGUCCAUCUCCAGAGGGGUCCUAGUAGAAGUCAGGGAGAAGUCAAACAAUGGAUGGUGGCUGAUCAGGUAUAAUGGAAAAACCGGAUUCGUCCCAGCAAUGUAUUUGAAACCCUACCGAAACUGUCACCAGCUGGAAACCAUGAUGACCCAAGGAACCUCUAUGUUAAAUCUCUUCAAGGCCUCUAGCAGCUUGGAGAUGAACAGACCAGAAGAAUUGGGGUCACAAGAUGACAGUAUUUUAGCUCCUCAUAAUGCAGACAGAGCUUCUAAAGUUACCCUGGACCGACGAAAGUCCAGGUCUAUCAGUGGUUUUCCACUGAACACUCAAUAUGGCUUCCAGCACCCUCCUACUGAUUCAACCCAAAAGGACAAGGUGGUGGCUCCAGGCCCUGGACCAGAGAUAAAGCCUAAGCUUCCCAAGAAAGAAGCCAUCGGAGUUCCACCACUUGAUUCCAAAGCCAUAGAAGAGCCACCAACACCACAGCCACGGAAGAUAAGUGUUGAAGCAAUCGUCAUGGAAAGCAGUCCGAGCAGACCUAUAGAAGCUAGUAGACACCAUAAUAGCCAUCUUGACUCCGCCAUUACCCCUCAGGUUCCUCAACGGCCCAGACAGCAUGAAAUUCUGAGCAAAUGUACAACCGCAACAAAGAUGGCCCUCAAGAAACGGGAGAUUGCUCCCAUGUGCAGCUAAAGACACCAAGACCAUUCCUCUGAAUCCUUCUAGUUAUAUAUUUAUUGUAU